GUUGAGUUUCCUUCUUUGCAACUACACACAGUAGCGAAUUCUAGCUCUGCGUUAAUGGAAGAACUACAGAAGGCAUUAAACGGAAAAAGUUUAUCAAUUUCGACGCUUCCAGAAAAGGGCCGCUGCCUCUUAGCCGCGCGUGAUUUCUCCCCAGGGGAAGUGAUAUUAAGUGAGAAUCCAUAUGUUUCUGUGCCGAACAAGAACAAAGAAUCGCCUCUGUGUAAGUGUGAAUGGUGCUUCUCAUCAACCAACCUGAAGAAAUGCUCUGCUUGCCAUGUUGUUUGGUAUUGCAGCAGCAAAUGUCAGUAGCUACAUUUGUGAACACUUUCAGAGGUCAGAUUGGAAGCUGCAUUCUGAAGAAUGCAGAGUGCUGUCGAAGGUUGACAAGCAAAGAGUGAGUUCACUCACGCCAUCCUUACGAUUGAUGGUGAAACUGUGUAUACGGCGAAAGCUGGAAAUUGAGAAGGUUAUCCUUACUUCCACAACAGAAAGUUACAAGUAUGUGGAAGCGUUGGUUUCUCAUAUGUCAGAUAUCGAUGAGAAACAGCUGCUGCUGUAUGCACAGAUGGCUAACCUUGUCAAUUUGAUACUCCAGUGGCCCGAUUCUCAGAUCAACGUCAAAGAGAUUGCCGAAAAUUUUUCUAAGCUAGCAUGCAAUGCACAUACUAUUUGUGAUGGUGAAUUGAGGCCCCUUGGAACAGGGCUGUACCCUGUCAUUUCCAUCAUCAAUCACAGCUGUUUACCGAAUUCUGUUCUAGUAUUCGAGGGAAGACUUGCAGUUGUACGGGCCAUGCAGCAUAUACUUAAAGGUACUGAGGUGUUGAUCAGUUAUGUAGAUAUUGCUGGAAGCACUUUAACUCGGCAGAAGGCUCUUAAAGAACAGUACUAUUUCACUUGUGCUUGUUCUCGCUGCAUAAAAUUGGGACAAUCUGAUGAUAUUCGAGAAAGUACGAUUCUGGAAGGUUAUAGGUGCAAGGAUACCCAAUGCGAUGGAUUUCUUCUACGUGACUCUGCAGAUAAUAAUGGGUUCGUUUGCCAGCAAUGUGGACUUCUUCGGGAGAAGGAAGAAAUUACUAACCUCACUAAAGAAUUGAAAUCAAUGUCAGAGAAAGCUUCCGAGUUGCUUUCUUCUGGUCAUAAGAGCAAGGCAAUUGAGGCUUAUAAGAUGAUUGAAGGAUUGCAACUACAGUUGUACCAACCAUUUUCAAUCAGUCGUAUGCGAAAUCUGGAGACUCUCAUUAAGAUAUUUAUGGAGCUGGAGGAUUGGACGGAGGCACUUUCAUAUUGCAGAUUGACAAUUCCGACAUAUGAGAGAGUGUAUCCAAGAUCUUACCCUUUGAUUGGACUUCAAUAUUACAUGUGUGGGAAAUUUGAAUGGUUGCUGGGCGAGACAGAAGCAGCAGUGAGAUCACUAACGAAAGCCUUGGACGUAUUGCGAGUGACUCAUGGAACAAAGAGUCCAUUCAUGGUUGAACUCGCGAGUAAGGUGGAGGAAGCUCGUGCCGAGGCUUUGUACAAGCUUCAUCCUCGACUUGAAGAUUGAUCCUCGACAUCCGCUGCCACGGAUUGCUGCUCCCUAGUGGCUUGUAAGAGUUUUGCAAGAUUGUGUUACUGUUGCCGGUGUUGCUAAAAACGUGUUCAUGUAUGUAUUCCAGCAUGGUGUAGGAGAAGAGAAAAAUAUUAAAACCUAUAGUUCUUGGUUCAAAUUGCAUAUUAAUUUAUAGUAAUCACUUGUCACUUGUCUUGUUUAA